AUGCAAGAAUUAGAAGUGAUCAAUUUUUCUCCAGGAACCUUUGGUUCUACUACUACUGCCAACAACACUCCAUUUAUUCAUUUAUCAAAAGAACUCAAUCAAACAAUCGAUCAAGCUUGUACAACAACAACAACAUUUUGGUCAACUAGUGAAAAUACUCAUCUUCCAGAUUAUUUAAUUAAACGUUUGCAUCGUAUGCUUUGCAACAAUAAUACCACAGAUAAAUCGUCUAAUAUUGGUCGUUUCAGUGAAUUAUAUAUUUAUCAUAUAUUAAAUGAAUCCAUACGUAGUGCACAAACACAUCAGAAUAAUUUUGAUCAAAUGACUAAUUGUUGUGCAUUUCCUAUUGGACAUUCAUUACUUGGUGUUGGACGUUUAAUUCGAUGUGAUUGGUGUAAUUCCGAUGUGGAAUCACUAAAACCAUAUGAUCUUGAAAUUGAUGUUCAAGUUGAAUGUGAUGCUGCGAAUUGGGAUAAAUUAAUUGAAAAUUUAACCAAUGAAAUCGCUAACAAUAUUGUCCGAAUUAUUCGUCGACCUACUACAAAACAACCAAAUUCCAUCGCAUCGUCAUCAUCAUCAUCAUCAGGUCUACUGAAUGUUGGUCCAAUAUUCCUUGAAGUGAAAUCAACCAUCGAUUCAUCAUCAGCGCACAAUACUCAAUCACGUGGUGAAAUCAAUGCCGAUUCUGAAACGGAUCUUUUUGAAUUUUCCUUAUCCGAACUAGUAUGCGCAUCACAACAAAAUUGGCGUUAUCAUUUAUUACGUGUUCUAUGGAAGAAAAAUGACACUGGAAAUGUGGAUGCUGAUGCUUUUUUCAGUGGCAGUUUGUUACAUGCACCGAAAAUUAUUCAUAUCCCAAAUUUGGCAAAUCAUCUAAGACAGAAAUCUAUGAAUUUACGGUUGUGUUUAGCAAUGUUACGCAAUAUGUAUAGUAGUGAAGAAAAUAACUGAAUGACGCAAUGAUUGAAAAUAAAUGAUUUACUUCUUGCAUGAAUGAAAUGCUCAUGUGUGUUGUCUAUUUGUCAACUAAUUGUACCGUGUGGUGUUUUUGUCCAAUGCAUUGUAAAAAAACAAAAUGAAAUUGUAUAUUUUUUUUUCAUUGCAAAACUGUUCAGUGGAUAAAAAUUGGUAUUUUUUUUAAAUAAAAGAAAAAUCAUAAGAGAUGAAGUCGUUUCUUUUUUUCUACUUUAAAAACAAACAUUCAAUUGA